GAAAAACAGCUUUGCUGCAUGCGCUGGCCAGCAGCGACGGGGUUCAGAUCCACAACAUCGAAAACAUCCGCCUUUUGUUGGAAGGAGGCGCAGACGUCAAGGCGACCACCAAGGACGGGGACACAGUUUUCACCUUCAUCAUCUUCCUGCUGGGCGAGACGGUGGGCAGCGACGCGGAAGAGGCCAAGAUGAUCAACCGCUUCUGCUUCCAGGCCACGCGGCUGCUGAUGGCCCACGGCGCCAACCCCAGCGAGUGCCCGCCUUACGAAUCCCUCACCCACCUCUGCCUGAAGAGCUUCCGGCUGCAUUUCCCUCUGUUGCGCUUCCUCCUGGAGUCGGGGGCUUCGCACAGCUGCUCCCUCCACGGCCCCACCUGCUGGUCCGGCUUCGACAUCAUCUUCGAGCGCCUGUGCUCCCACCUCAGCGAGUCCGAGGACGACAGCUUCUCCAUCGACCUCCUGCAGAAAGCCGAGACCGCCCUGGAGCUGAUGAUUGCCAGCGGCCCGGUGGUCAAGCUGCCCAGCAACUUCCAGAUCGACCUGAGCCACUGCCGCUACCACCAAGAGAAGAUCCAGGCGCUGUUCGGGAAAUUGAAGCAGCUGGAGAGCACCCCGCCGACCUUGAAGCAUCUCUGCCGAGUCUACCUGCGGAAGUUUCUCCAACCUUGGCCCAUAGACGUCAAGGUGAAGGCUCUCCCGCUGCCCAACCGCUUGAAGCGGUACCUCCUCAUUGAUCCGAGCGCGUCUCUGGAGCAGGUGUGACCUCCUAGGGGCGAGAAGCGGACCUCGGUAUAUCUGCCGUCCCGGAUCUCCUCGUUGAUUUGUGGGCCAGCGCAUGAAUGGCUUUAGAUCUUGCCAUUGUUCCAUGUUCAACAGCCGAUGACGAGGGGUAUAUAUACCGUGUCUGCGGCAGCACGUUCGAGUGGUGGGUAGGCGGGAGUGGGUUGGGGGCACCUAGAACUUGCGGCGGAAUGACAUCCCCAUGGCGGCUGAACUGGCGGAAAAAUCCCUUGGUGGAGUUGUGUACCAGCCGAGGAAGGAUUUGUCUCUCUUGUGCCAAAGGAUUGUGAGGUUGUGUAGGCUCAUGUUGGGGCCCUACUGAACCAUUCAGGGUCGAGACGGGAAUGCCAACAGCCGAUUAAAAGAAUGCACCUCUGGUCUUUGCAUAUUGUCUUGUUGUGGAUAAAACGUUGUUCCACUUUGUGAUCAAUCUAUUACAGGUAGUCCUCGCUUACUGGGUUUGGGAAGUCUUCGCUGCUAAGCGAGUCACACCACGUGACAUCAUACAAGUUCAGUGACUUAACACUGGUAGUUCCAGAAAUCCUAGUUGCCAUUGUUAGCCAAAUCUCACGUGGUCACCGUUGUGUGGUCGUCACUUUCGACAUCCCGCUGUCUUCCCCAUUGACUUUACAAAGAGGUCCUCGACUUACAAUAAUUGCGCCCCAAAUUUAUGUCUCUCAUAAAUGAGACAGCCGCUCAUAAAUGAGACAGUUGGGAAGUGAGUUUUCUCCCAUUUUACAAUCUUUCUUGCCAGAGUUGUUAAGUGAAUCACUGCAGUUGUUCGGUUAGUAACGCCGUUAAGUGAACCCGGCUUCCCCCUUGUCUUUGCUUGUCAGAAGGGGAUUACGUGACCCUGGGAUUCUGCAACUGACAUACAUGUGAGCCAGUGGCCAAGCGUCCGCAUUUUGAUCCUGUGACUGUGGUUGUGUGAAGCAACCACAACGUCUGGAGGC